AUGCACAAACUGGAUUUGGCUAACUACCCUGUUGCUGACACCCUAAAGAUGCUUGCUUCACUGUUGGAAAAGAUUACGAGCGCUAAUGACCAAUUAAAAUCCACGCAUAGCGUUAGUCAUUCCGAAACAACCUCGUCCUCAGUAUCGACGGUCUCCACUACUCCAUCUUUCACGCGUUUUCACGCACGUACUGUUCCUUCAAUAGAUAUUCAUUCUUAUCUUUCGCGGAUACUGAAGUACUGUCCAACAACAAAUGAAUGUUUCCUUUCCUUAUUGGUUUAUUUUGAUCGGAUGUCAAAGAAUGCUUCCGCAACGAACUCAGGGAAAGCCUUUUCUAUCGAUUCUUUCAAUAUCCAUCGUCUGAUAAUUGCCGGCAUCAUGGUGUCUUCCAAAUUCUUCUCUGACGUUUUCUUUACAAACUCGAGAUACGCAAAGAAUUCAAUUGGGCAUGAUGAAAAAUAUAGGCACCCAUGUAAUCUCUUAAAUUCCAUAACUUUGAGGGCUCAUGAUGAUUUCAUUAUUUUUAUGCAGAAGUUAAUAGAUCCAAAUUCAGAUUCACUAGUAAAACGAAAUUUGGAAACACAUCAAGUUCAACAACGUGAAUCCGUCUCGAUUCAUGUUUUAUUGAUGGUUGGAGGAUUACCGGUCUCGGAAUUGAAUCAGCUCGAAUUAGAAUUUCUCGUGUUGAAUGACUUUCGCCUAGCAAUUACCGUGGAAGAAUUACAACGAUAUGGCGAUCAAUUACUCAAACAUUGGACAAUGGAAGACGGAUCGAGACCAGGUGGGAGCAUAUACGAAAAUAUACGGUAUCCAAAUGGGAUUAGCAAUAUACAGUAUAAACGAACGCGACGUUUGCAUUCUACCGAUGACACAAAUACAAGCAAGGGAGGAGGAUCAAAGGCCAUGAAAGAGGAAGAUCAAUCAGAGCAUCGUAGUCAUAGAAGGGAGAAUAGUUUUUCUUCGACAAGAUCGUUGAACAUUUCAUAUCAAUCAUCAUUAACGUCAUCUCCUCAACAAUAUUCGACACAUUUGCCCAAGACACCACCACCACCGUUAUCGGGUUCGUCACCUUCCUCAUUCACAUCUACUUCAAACGGAUCGCAUCCCCCUAUAAAUGGCUCGCCAAUGAACUCUCCAUUCACACAUUAUCCACACUACCAUCACUUACACAAGCCAUACCCUCAUCAUCAAUCGCAGCAUCAUCGGUCAAUGAGUCUAGGUUCGACCAUAAAACGUGCAAACAGUAGUGGCUCAUUACUUGGCAGGGCACGUGAUUUAUCAGAAGAUUUGCAACAAUAUCAUCAAAGACAUUCAUCCCCCAAGCCCAUCAAUCCGGAAGAUCAUGCGUAUCGAAAUGCAGCGCCUUCUCCAUACCACUCCACAACUUCAAUACCAUCGUCAAUACCGUCAAAUAAUAGAGGUGGACCACAAAACUUGGUAGCCCCAUCACCAACUCAUAAGAUUACAAGUCUUAUGAGACGAAUGUCUCAUGAUUCUCCUGCAAAUUCAUUUCAAUAUCCAUUACCGUCCGCUUAUCAUUACACGGCAUAUCCGCCACCUCCGCCUCCCCCAUCAACACAAUCGUUACCCGCCACACCUGUUUCAACCUUACCCCCUCCUAUCUCAGGCAUAUCGUUUAAUCCUGCCGCUAUUGGAAGUGUUGCACAUUCCGCUGCGGUUGCUGCCUUGGGUUAUGCUCGUAGGGCGUCACUUGCUUUGCCACCAUUACCUCGUCACCUAGGAUUUCACAAUAAUGUUCCUCCUUCAGUGCCGACAGUUACCACCGAAAAUCCUGGUUUGGUGAGACGUGGAUCCGUUCCUGCAUGGAGUGGAAGUAGUCUCUCGAAUGGUAACAACAAUAAUAACACUAAUGGUACUAAUGGUAAUAGUGUCAACGGUAAUGGUGGUGGUGGUGUUCAUCAAGAGUUCAAGGUUUCGAAUUCCAACAUGUCAUUGGGAAAUGGGCCUUCGUCAUUAUCGUCUUCAGUAUCUUCUAAUUCUGUGAAUGGGCACGGUUUAAAUAAUGCUGUUCAUGGUUCCCCAUCCACUGAAUUCACGAAAAGAAGCAGUUGGGUGGUGGUUCCCAACCAUUCUCAAUCAAGUAAUUCAAGUAUUGGGCAAUAUAGUAACAACAAUCACGUGAAUCACCUUAAUUAUCAACAUAGUCAUCAUAAUUAUCACACUCAGCACAGCCAACACCCACAGAGUCAUGGACCUGGCAAUGCAUCUAGAUCAUCUUCAUCUGAUUCUUGCCAUUCUUCAUCGACUACAGGUUCGGCUUCAGAUACUUCUGGAGUUUCUGGCGUGGAUUCCUCGAUCGCGGCUUCACGUGGAGCAACGGACGAGAAUGAAAACCAAAAUAUUAAUGGUACACAUAAACAUCCCGAUAAUUGA